CUCAAAAAAAUCUCUAUCACAAUAAGUGAAUGGUUGGAACUUUUUUUCUACGCGUCCAGACCGAAACUGGUUCCUUUAGAGGAACAUAUUUUCCAAAGAGAUUACUACUUGAAAAAUGGAAGCGAUGGUGAAGAAGUUGAUGCAGAGUAUGACAUCUAGAUCGUCAGGGAACAUGAAGGACAAAGGUCUUAACAAGGAAAGGAGGUUCUUGAAGAACGGAAGCAAAUUCUUGAAAGAACUUAUCGCUGAUUGUAACGGUAAAUCUGUUCCUAUACGUAGCUUUUCUUCUUCUCAGAUCCUUCAAGCCACCAAUAACUUCGAUUCAAGUUGUCUUGUCAGACGUGAGUGGGACCACAAAGGGUAUAAAGGUACCAUCGAAGGUAAGUCUUACUUGAUCAAGAGAUACUUCGAGUAUAGAGUUAAGGAUCGCAGAGUUGGAGAGGCUUACAAUGACAUUGUCUUGUCUGCUAGGAUGAGCAACCACAGCAACUUUCUCAGACUAUUUGGAAGCUGUUUCGAGUUUAGUUUUCCGGUCUUUGUGUUUGAAUACGCAGAACAUGGAGUCCUUAAUCAUCGAGGACAUAUUAUGGUUAACGGUCAAGAAUCUGUAUUGCCUUUGAGUCUAAGGUUGAAGAUUGGAAAGGAGAUUGCUUAUGCAGUGACUUAUCUUCACAUGGCCUUCCCAAAGAUCAUUAUUCAUAGAGAUAUCAACCCAACCAACAUUUUCUUGGACAAAAACUGGACCGCAAAGCUGUCCGACUUGUCCUAUGCCAUAUCUCUCCCUGAGGGAAAAUCAAGAAUAAAAACUGAUUCAGUGAUGGGAAGAGUAGGGUACCUAGAUCCAUUAUACUUGGCCACAAAUUGUGUGACAGAGUACACAGAUGUCUACAGCUUUGGAGUCUUCUUGAUGGUUAUUCUCACUGGCAGACCAGCUCUCCUCUCCACAAGAUCUGAUGGGAAUCCCCAGUGUAUCCUUAGCUAUGUGAAAGGUUUAUAUGAGAACGGGAAGUUGGAUGAACUAAUUGAUCCAUUGAUGAUGGAAGACAUGACAAAUGGUCAAGUCCUGCAGCUGGAAGCGAGUAUUACACUUGCUUUGAGAUGCUGCGAGGAGAGAGAUGAAGACCGACUGAAAAUGAUCCAAGUAGCUAAAGAACUCAAGGGGAUUGAGAGAAUAGAACAAUCAUUAGGUGCUAAUAUCUAAGUUUUAAUGUGUUUUCUUAAUAAGUAUAAAAAUACUAAAAUAUGUAUUAUUUUGGAAGAGAGAGAGUAAUUCGGAACCAUCGUUAUAGUCUAGACUGUUUUUUUGGAGAAAUAAUCAUAUCUUUUUUUGUUUGUGUUUGUU